GUUUAUAUAGAUUGGCUGUAUCGAUGUUUAGUUCGUGGAUCUCGUUUUAUUUCUUUCUUAACCGGAUUAUUUUGUUAUUAUUUUUCAUUGUCAGCAAUGGUACUCAUACGCCUUCAUUUAAUUCUCUAUUUGUGUAUUCACAUGUCAGUUUAAGCGCUUGGAAGACUUUUGUGGCAUCGGUUUAUUUUUGGGUUUGGGAAACACUACGGACCUUACUGUUCGAACUAAGCAGUGUCUUCAAUUCUGUACUCAUUGUUGGUUUUAAAGAUGUGUUGACCAGGUUACAAUGCUGGAUCGAGAACGUGCUAUCUUGCAAUUCCACAGAUAUGAUAUAUAAUUAUACAAAUUACACCGAACCGUAUAGUACAUCGGUCUUUUACUUACAUCGGCGUCUGGAAAAUCAACUGAUUGUGGCACCAACCAUAAGGCUAUCUGUGAUCAACACUGUACCAAUGCCAAGACACAUUUUGCUACAUCAUCCCGACAAGGACCAAACUUUAUAUCUAACUUUCUAUUUCUUCCUUUGUUUGAUAUUUGCAAUAUUGUCGAUUCUUUUCAUGAGUUUCAGAAGAUGUUUGAAGAAUAAAAUGAAGAGGCGCAGAAAACCGGAUGAAGAAGAAGGAAUCGACGAUGACGACACACACUCGAAAGAGAAGAAACUGAAGAAUCCAAACGCAACUUUGAAUGACUUAGAAGAAAAAAGGAAAAAGGAUGGAGCUGAUGAAGAGGAACGCAGACAACAAGAUGAAAGGAAGAGGAAACGAGGGCAGGAACAAGCGGAGGAAAGGCGAAAGCAGGAAGAAAUGGAGAGGAAACAAAAUGAGGAAAAGGAGAGGAAACGAAAGGAGGAAAGGGAGCGAAAGAGACGACUGCAGGCGGAAAUAGAGUCAAAGAGACGAAAACAGGAACUUCAGAAACUUCGUAAAGAUAUUGAGAAAAGCAAGAAACCUGGUUGUUGGAAAUAUAACGGUCAACCAAGGGGAUUACCAAAUUUAGGGAAUACGUGCUACAUGAAUUCAAUUCUUCAGGUUCUUAGCUGGACACCGUUGCUGGGAGAGCAGCUUGCAGAACAGUUAUCGAAAUCAGUCGAAAAUGAAAACAUCGAAACAGACAUCAGAAACAACGUACAGGCUCGUUUAUUUCUGCUUCUUCAAAACGUCCAUUCGGAAAACAAAUCUUCAACGACAUUGGAUUUCAGUAUCCCUAAUGACAUAUUGAAAGAGGCCAGGAAACUUAACGACCAGUUUAUGGGAUACCGGCAACAAGACAGCUUUGAAAUGUACAACACUUUGAUUGGCGGAGUGGAAGAUGAGGCGAGAGUAUUACCCUGUAAUUAUGCUGGCGAAAAGAGCAUGACAGACAACGAAGUUCUCAUGCGGAAAUCAAACGUAUCGAGGCUUCUGGGUGGAACCUUCAUGACAGUGUGGUACUACGAAUCAUGUGAACACGUGGAGCUAACAUUCCAGAGGUUCACAAGUGUUAGCGCACCAGUCCCUAAGCCAAAGUCCCUCCAAUCGAUUAACAACAAGCGAAAAAGUCCUGAACCAGCUGAUGAUAUUGCUGAUCAAGUUGAAGAUGACCAUUCUAGGGACAAUUCAGAAAUAGGAAACAACCUAGACAUUGAUGAAUUCCAUCCAACCAAAAAGAGAUCAUAUGACAAAACCUUUGAUGAAGAGGACAAAGACAAUGCAAACUCAUUCCUCGAAUUAUGCGGCGAAAAUAAUAUUUGUGGAAAAGGGCCCUCGUCAACAUCCACACACAGACCAAUGCAGGAUGAAAAAAAGAAUGAAAAGAAAAAUAAGAAAAGAAGAAAACAGAAGAAACGAAAAAGAACUAAUCAAUUCGAAGAUAACGUCAAAGUAAAGGCAAAGAUCGGAAACGAUCGGGAGGUAGACAGGAACGGCCAAAGUUGCUUGACAUUACAAGAAGAAACAGGACAUAACAGCACAUCUGGGAUAUCUGCAAUUAGUAGCAGCCCAUCUGAUAUAUCCACAAAUGAACAUAGCAGCACAUCUGAGAAAUCUGCAAAUGGACAUAAAAGCACACUUGAAACAUCUGCAAAUGAACAUAGCAGCACACCUGAGAAAUCUGCAAAUGGACAUAGCAGCACACUUGAGACAUCUGCAAAUGAAAAUAGCAGCACACUUGAGACAUCUGCAAAUAGACAUAACAGCACACCCGAGACAUCUGCAAAUGAACAUAGCAGCACACUUGAGACAAAUGCAAAUGGACAUAGCAGCACACUUGAAACAUCUGCAAAUGAACAUAGCAGCACAUCUGAUAUACCUGCAAAUGAAAAUAGCAGCACACUUGAGAAAUCUGCAGAUGGACAUAGCAGCACACUUGAGACAUCUGCAGAUGAACAUAGCAGCACACCAGAGACAUCUGCAAAUGAAAAUAGCAGCACACCUGAAACAUCUGCAAAUGAACAUAGCAGCACAUCUGAUAUACCUGCAAAUGAACAUAGCAGCACACCUGAGACAUCUGCAAAUGAAAAUAGCAGCACACCUGAGAAAUCUGCAAAUGAACAUAGCAGCACACUUGAGACAUCUGCAAAUGGACAUAGCAGCACACCAGAGAAAUCUGCAGAUGGACAUAGCAGCACACUUGAGACAUCUGCAAAUGGACAUAACAGCACACUUGAGACAUCUGCAAAUGAAAAUAGCAGCACACUUGAGACAAAUGCAAAUGGACAUAGCAGCACACUUGAAACAUCUGCAAAUGAACAUAGCAGCACAUCUGAUAUACCUGCAAAUGAAAAUAGCAGCACACUUGAGAAAUCUGCAGAUGGACAUAGCAGCACACUUGAGACAUCUGCAAAUGAACAUAGCAGCACACCAGAGACAUCUGCAAAUGAAAAUAGCAGCACACCUGAGAAAUCUGCAAAUGAACAUAGCAGCACACUUGAGACAUCUGCAAAUGGACAUAGCAGCACAUCUGAUAUACCUGCAAAUGAACAUAGCAGCACACCUGAGACAUCUGCAAAUGAAAAUAGCAGCACACCUGAGAAAUCUGCAAAUGAACAUAGCAGCACACUUGAGACAUCUGCAAAUGGACAUAGCAGCACACCAGAGAAAUCUGCAAAUGAACAAAGCAGCACACCUGCGACAUCUGCAAAUGAACAUAGUAGCACACCUGAGACAUUUGCAAUUGAACAUAGCAGGUCAACUGAUAUAUCCGCAAAUGAAGAUAGCACCUCAUCCGAUCUAUCUGCAAAUGAAAAUAGCAGCACACUUGAGACAUCUGCAAAUGAACAUAGCAGCACACCUGAGACAUUUGCAAAUGAACAUAGCAGGUCAACUGAUAUAUCCGCAAGUGAACAUAGCACCUCAUCCGAUCUAUCUGCAAAUGGACAAAGCAGCACACUUGAGACAUAUGCAAAUGGACAUAGCAUCGCACCUGAGACAUCUGCCAAUGGAUAUAGCAUCACCUCUGAAAUAUCUGCCAAUGGACAAAGCAGCGCAACUGAGAUAUCCGCAAAUGACCAUAAUAGCUCAACUGAUAUAUCUGUAAAUGAACAUAGCAGCACAACAGCUAUAUCCGCAACUGGACAUAGCACCACAUCCGAGAAUCCUGCAAAUGGACAUAGCAGCACACCUGAGACAUCUACAAAUGAACAUAGCAGCACACAAGAGACAUCUGCAAAUGAACAUAGCAACACACCUGAGAAAUCUGCAAAUGGACAUAGCAGCACACUUGAAACAUCUGCAAAUGAACAUAGCAGCACAUCUGAGAAAUCUGCAAAUGGACAUAGCAGCACACUUGAAACAUCUGCAAAUGAAGAUAGCAGCACAUCUGAUAUACCUGCAAAUGAAAAUAGCAGCACACUUGAGACAUCUAAAGAUAAACAAAUUUACCAGGCAAUACAAGAGGAAGUGGCAUCAUCCACGAGACUAGUAUCUCCUACAAUGUCCAAUUCACUUUUAAGAGACCAUAACGGCAAUGAUCAAACAAGUACUCGAAGGGAAAAAGAAUUCAUGGAUUGGACACAGACAGACCAAGCUCCUGACAUCAUAGUGGAUAUGGCUGGCUGUGCUGAUAGACAACAAACAAGGACUCGUGAGGAGGAUGAAGACAUGGAUUGCAUACCGACCAAUCAAGGUCACGACAGCAUAGGGGAUGAAGCUUGCUCUGCUGAUAGAGACAUCGCAAAAAGCAACCGUCCUACAAAGGCUGGUGACAGAGAAUAUCCUAAAAGCAAUGAAGAAUCAGAUUUUGAAAAUCAUCGUCCGAGUCAAGAUGCUAUCGAAUUGAGGAAAGAAGAUCAGAAAAAUAAAAUACUUCCACAUCAACCGUUGGAAGUGAUGCGGGAAGAUCCCACUGAUCUUGAAAGGGGACUUUUUGAAUUGACAGAAGAGGAAAUUUGGGACGAGGAGAUGAUCGGAUGCCGUAUCUGUAAUUCCUCAAAUACACACGGGAAACAAACUCACAAGAAACUCCUGAUCAUCGGUUUGCCGCCAGUAUUUGUUGUUCACAUCAACAAGAUAGAAAAGGACGGAUAUGGAGGCCUACGGAAGAUCAACAAGACGGUAACAUAUCCUAAAUAUCUUAACGUAGCACCAUUCUGUUCUUCGGCUCUUCUGAAAACUCAGGCAGGGGGUACCCCUCGUACCUGGUUUAGACUAUAUGGAGUUGUCAGUCAUGGCGGAUCGAUCCACGGCGGACAUUACACUGCCUACGUCAGAGCCACUCCCCAGAAUGCAUCUGCACUUUAUAGCAACUUCCUGCAGACGAAAUGGAUGGACCCUGAGCGAGUAGAAGAGGAUAUAAAGAAAUUUUGGCAGAACAGUACUCACAGUCAUAAUAUGUCACCAACAAAAUCACCACAGGAUGAUGACAGAGAGACCUGGUACUACGUCAGUGAUAGUAUGGUUCAGCCGAGUGAUGAGUAUACAGCAGCCAACGAUGGGAACGCCUAUAUCCUGAUGUACGAGAGGUGCUGCUAGAAAAGGCAAAAAUAACAAAAAAUAUUUUUUAUCAAUAUCGAAGUGUUGUUUUUCAUUGACAUUCCAAGCAACAUGUAAACCGUUUAUAAUUGAUAGCGUAUGAUAGAUUUUUCAUUCAAAAGAUGAUAACACAUCAGCAUUUCAAUAUAUGAAUAACUGAUUAGUGUUGGGUGACAUACAUGCAUUGAAGUGUAUUCUUUCAAAAAGAAUAUACAAUGUACUAGGUUUGAUGUGUUAGCAUGCGUUAUUCAAAACAUUAUUGUUUAUAAAAAAAAUAACAUAUUAUCACGUAGUAUCAUUGGUAAUAAAAUUACUUUUUAUUAAUAUCCAUUAUAAUGUGUAUACUUUAAUUAUGAUUCAUAUUUGCAAAUGCCUAUCUAAUUUUGAUAUUACAUUUUACAAAUGGAAGAAAGAUGAUUAACCAUCUAUUUGUAGGUUGAAUGGUUUUGAAAAUCAGCCGUAAUUUGAUUUAUAAUCAGAAUUAUUUUAUGUUAAAUUACAGUUUUAAUUGUGUAUAAAUAAGUGGACGAUUGAGAUUUAUAAUCAUUUUGCUGUAUGAUGCUAUACAUUAAGUAGACUGAAUGGUAAGGUUUAAGCGGUGGUGUUAGAUUCUAUAUAACUGGCGUGUAUAAAGCAAAUGUGUCAUUUUUGGAUACAAUUAAAUCACGCAUAAAACUCACCUCAAUACGGAGUGGCUAAUGUCUUAGUGAAGAUUGUUAUUACUAUUUGGUGAAGAGGGUCAAUGCUAUUUAAUGAAGAGAGUUAUUAUUAUUGAGUGAGGAGGGUCAUUGCUAUAAAGUGAGGAGGGUUAUAUUGUUUUAAUGAAGAGGGCUAUUUCUAUUUAGUGUAGAGGGUUAUUAUUAUUGCUUAGGUGCUUAGGGUUUACCCACUUCCUAGCCUAGACUGGCUUGUGUCCCUUGGGGAGACUAACCCAUUAUCCAGUCAACUGGGUCAAUAUUAUUAACCAUAUAAUCAACUAACGUUAUAUAAAGACUACAGUGGUACAAUCUAUAAAUGCGGAUACAAUAUAUAAUAUAUUUAUUGUAAACGUAUUCCUCCAAAAUGUUAGAAUUUCACUAAAAAGGAAUAAAUUUAGCUUUGUUCAAACUCUAAAAUGUAUGUACCUAUAAUCUACUAUUUUAUCAUUACUUGUUAAAAUGUAUUGUACAAUUUAAUGUAUAUCCAAUGAACUUUUUUCUCUACGUAUGGGAUACUUUGUAAGAGACAAUAUUCUUAUUGUGAUAAGCUAAAAGACAAUGCUUUUUUUAUAUUAUUGUACAUGCUGUAUUUUCUGGUGGUGUCUAACUACUGUGUGAUGUAUAUAAGUGAUGAAUUAGAUAAAUGUACAACAAAAAUAAAAAUACAUCAUGCUCAUUAAUCAAAAACAAAUGCUGUCCUUAUUUAAAUUGGGCAAUGUGAUCAAAUUAAUUUGUCUUGAAUUACUUGACGGUUACUAAACGACAAUUACGCAUACUUUAUAUUUAGAACAUAAACCAUAUCCUCUUUAUGUAUGUGAAUAGAUGGUCUAAGGGAGAUAAUUUUUAUUUCAUUUUAGCAAAUGUCUUUAUCAGCAUUAGCGCUUCAAAAAAUGUUUGUGCAUUAAGACUUCUUCGGUAUCGGUUGAUGUUUUAUGAUGAUACAGAGGGAUUUUAAUUAUAAGCUUUGUGAUAAUUUGAAAUCCUUUUCUUGCUGAAGAGAAUUGUUUGGGUGUGAAAACAUAAAUGUUGAUAUGUAUAGUUGCUACUUCAUACAUUCGAGGAUGUAUGUUAUAAAUAAACAUUCAAUCUAUUUUCUCAUUUAAUACAUAGUAACCGGGGCUUUCGAUAACAUUGUGCAGUUAAACAUAAUUAAUUGUAUUUAAUAUGUAAAUAGCUGAGCUUGUUAAUUAAAAUAAUCUUUAUGCAUA